AGCUUAGGCGACAGGUGCGAUCAGCCUCUCAAGCUCGACUCAUCGCUGCUUCUUUCUUGACCUCUUUCCUCACCUUCCAGAUCUGAUACUAAGAACGUUACUGUUUGUACAAGCAGAAGCGCUUCUCCAUUGUUCGCUGGUAGGCCGUUUCAAGUGUUGACGAACCCCGCCAUGGCUAUACCGAUCCUAUCGAGCAUUGCAGGCUUCCUCGGCAUCACCUCGCUUCGAGCAACCGGACGAGAUGCCUAUAUCAUCAUCACACUGCGCUCUCUACGCAUGUUCACGUCUGGAAUCCCAUCGUUGAUUCUCGCAUUGUUCUUUGCUUCGCUCAAGUUCCCGGACUCGAGGAUCGGGGUUUUCAUGACUUUGACUUUGCUUGGCGAUGUACUUCUGUCACUAUUGCUCACUCUUGUCGCGGAUAAAUUAGGUCGAAGGCGAAUACUAUUUGGUGGUAGCAUUAUGAUGGCAUUCUCGGGAGUUGUUUUUGCUUUGUCUGAGAAUUUCUGGACUUUGUUGAUCGCGGCUGUCUUUGGUAUCAUAAGCGUAACUGGUGCCGACUGCGGUCCCUUUCGAGCAGUCGAAGAGAGCAUCUUGAGUGGCCUCACAGAUGAGAAAACACGAAGCGACGUGCUGGCUUGGUACGUUACGUUCACCACCAUGGCAGGAGCUGUAGGCGCGGAAGUUGCAGGAAGGGUUGUACACGCAUUGGAGAAAAGACAUGAUGUGGUCAAGGCUUAUCAUGCAUUGUUCUGGGCAUACGCAGCUUUCGGGGUCGUUGGAAGCGUUCUGUGUCUGGGACUCAGUGAGCGUUGUGAGGCCGCCGGCGAGAGACAUGCAGAGUUACAAAAACGUAGACGCAACGAUGGAGAAGAAGAGGAAGUCCUAUUGGAAGCUAUGGCACCAAGUUCCGCUGACGGUUCAGAUCACGAGGAAAUACGCCCAGCGAGACACGCAGAUAUCAGGGUUUCGCCCAAGAAAAAGCAGAGCUAUUUCAGUCAGAUCUCGAAGACAACUCGCUCCAUCAUGUACAAACUCUGGAUACUCCUGGCUAUUGACUCUCUUGCGGAUGGUAUGACACCGUACUCCCUUAUAAACUACUAUGUGGAACAGAAGUUCCACGUCUCGAAGGCGACACUAGGCGACAUUACCUCCGCUUCGCAGUUUCUUUGCGCUGUCAGUGCAGUGUUCGCUGGACCGCUAGCCAAGAAGAUUGGGCUCAUUAACACUAUGGUGUUUACACAUCUUCCAUCAUCGAUCGCGAGCGCCUUCGUACCACUACCGAAGACCAUUGGCCCAACAAUCGGCAUCCUUCUCUUUCGGGCCGCCCUCAACAGCAUGGAUCAGGCUCCACGCACAGCAUUCAUUGCAGCUGUUGUGAAACCCGAGGAGCGUACAGGCGCUAUGGGUAUCACAAGUAUGGUCAGGACUCUGGCAAUGAGUGUUGGGCCCUCGAUUACUGGUCUCCUGUCAGGCAGCAACGCGUUCUGGGUUGCUUUCCUCGCGACUGGUACUUGCAGGAUCACAUAUGACAUAGGCCUGUGGGUACUCUUCUCUACUGUUAAGCUGGACAAUAAACCUGUUGCAAGAGAAGACGACCUGAACAGCGUGGAUGACGAAGCGUGGAAUGGCUUAUUGAGCGAUAGCGAUGAUGACAGCGAUCUCAGUAGCGAUGGCAGGAAGAGCAAAGAUCUCGAACGAGCCCAGAACCGAGCAUGAACUAUGGGCCAAUGUAUACUACGUAAAAGCUAGGACUCAUGAGUAAUUCCGCACAUCAAUUAGACUUCAUUGAAGCAUUUCAAGACAUAGGAGCUGGACUCUUUUCUCGUCAGUAUAGCUGAUAAUCUGUUCAUGGUGUUUAUUCUGAUUCAUGCUACAAAUACGAGCAAGCCAGCGGUUUGAGGCUCUUUACCAAGAGAAAAAAUAUUCCUUCACUUGCUAGAUGCAGGGUCUAAUCCUCAUUAUUAUUUAGUCUGAUCGUUCUGGCAAGGGUCCAUUGUCCUGGCAUGGACAUACCGUCUA